AUCCACGAAGGGAUGUCGGUUAUCGAUCCCUGCCGAAGAUUUCCGAAAACAGCCGAAGUCUUCAAAGUGACGUACGUCAGCGAGAGUGGGCAGUUCUGUGUUCUGCUGGUGUCAUCGAAUUUCGCGAGACGUUUUCGUGAUAAUCAACGAUCCCCAACGCGGUGUAUAACGAUGCAUUCCAUUUAGUGAUGAUUUAGGUGGGUCAACAGUUCGAAUAGUUCUUCGGAGAUACACUUGCGAAGAUCGAUCCCGACCGCAUAACCUUGAAAUCAGUUUUUCAUCAUGUUCCUGGGGAUGUUUCAUACAAACGUCUUCUUCGGGUUUCUUACAGGAUUUUCUCAGUGCUUCGAACAUAAAACUAGAGAUGGCUGCUGCUCAGGCACUUGGUGUCGAUCCCUGGGUUAUCCAACCUCGGGAGCGUACACGUUAUCAGGAGCAAUUCAACUCCCUGAAACCAAUAAAUGGAGUUGUAACUGGAGAACAAGCAAAAGGAUUUCUACUCCAGUCCCAGCUUCCUCCAGCAGUUCUUGGGCAGAUAUGGGGACUAUCGGAUACAGACGCUGAUGGAAAGAUGGAUUUGAAUGAGUUCAGCAUUGCUUGCAAAUUAAUAAAUCUGAAGUUACGGGGAUUUGAGAUUCCAAACACAUUGCCACCGUCUUUGGUGCAAAGUUUGAAGCCUGCUUCAAGUGAUGGAAGAACUGGUAAUCUAACGAAUGGAGGCAUGAUGCCAGCGCAAGCCGGAAUAUCUUCCUUGGUUAAUCUGAAUGGGAUCGGGCCUAAACAGCCUCUGAUGGGAUACAGUUCUGCACCCGCAGCCGUAGCACAACCUCUCAUAGGCCUAGCAGGUCCACCGGGUCAUCCGGCAAGGCCUAUACCUGCUAUGACAAUGCCACUUGCCUCACAACAAAGUAGACAGAAUCCGGCUGCCAGUACACACGUCACUUCUCACACAUCGUCGAAGCCACCCGUUCGACCUGCACCCCCUUCAAUGGGAUUCACAAGUAAAGGGUUCUCUGGGAUACCUCAACGACCGCCACCCGUGUCCAUUGGAACUGCAAAUAAUUCCACGAUUGGCAGUGGCGCACCUCAAAGACCUGCACCACCGACGAACAUUGGUUCCACUCCAUUGAUCGGUGGUCCACCGCCUAAACCAGCACCACCAUCAUUUCCAAAUAGUCCAGUCGGUGGUAUAUCACCAGUAAAAGCAGCACCGGUCCCUGCUAUACCACCGAUACAGCCAGUGCAGCCAAUGACAGUCUCAUCUGCAAUAGACUUACUCGACCUCGAUUUAUCCGAAGUAGGUAUACCACCAUCGGUUCCACCCAUUGCACCGAUUGCACCUCUAAGUACACCCGCACCGGUUGCUGCUUUUGGAGUUCCUGGAUCGACUAUGCCAAUGGCUGUGGCACCAGGAAUUGCUCCACCAAUGGCGGUACCUACCAUGACAGCCAUACCGCCGAUGGGUACCGGAAUUGCAGUUGCUGCACCGGUGAACAAUUUGCCUUUAUCUACGACAUCAAUUCCACCGAGCGUACCUUAUACGUCACCACCUGUGAAUGGUAUUCACACACCAGUAUCAACAAGUACACCGAUGAGUACAACCACUAGACCACCUAGCAUAGACAGAGUCGGUUCAGUGGAUUCCCAACACAGUCAGCAUAGCCAGCACUCCGUAGGCUCACCCCAGGUCGAAUGGGCUGUACCCCAUCAGACGAAGUUGAAAUAUACUCAGGUGUUCAAUACUUGGGACAGGACCAGGUCAGGAUUCUUGUCCGGGAUGCAGGCAAGAAAUAUUAUGGUGCAGUCACAGCUACCGCAGCCAAUAUUGGCACAAAUUUGGGCUCUCUCGGAUAUGGACUCGGAUGGUCGUUUAGGAUGCGAAGAAUUCGUCCUCGCCAUGCAUCUUUGCGAUAUGGCUAAAGCUGGUGAAAAAAUACCUUCAGCACUUCCGCUUGAACUUAUACCACCUACUUUUCGACGACAACGACAAAGCAGCGUUGCUUCUCAAGGUGCUCCGGAAAAUGUUGAUCCCUCAGCAGGAAUGCCACAGACGUCUUUUGAGGAUAAACGUAAAGAAAACUUUGAAAAGGGACAGGCUGAAUUGGAACGUAGGCGCAAAGCUCUCUUGGAGAUACAGCGGAAGGAACAGGAAGAGCGUGAAAGAAAGGAAAGGGAAGAAGCUGAGAAGCAAGAGAAAAUCAGAUUGGAGCAGGAAAGACGUAGACAGGCGGAAAUUGAAAAGCAGAUGAUGAGACAGAAGGAAAUCGAACAGGAAAAAGAAGAGCAGAGAAAAAGAGCUCAGGAGCAAAGGGAGGCUGCACGAAAAGAAAUGGAAAGGCAACGUCAGCUUGAAUGGGAGAAACAAAAGUCUCAGGAACUUCAAGCUCAGCGCCAAAAGGAGCAGGACAUUCUCCUUAAGUUGAAAGCUAAAAAUCAGAGUCUCACUAUAGAACUUGGUACUUUGAAUGACAAAGUAAAAGAAUUGUCCCAGAAGAUUUGUGACACCCGAGUCGGUGUUUCUGGCGUUAAAACAACUAUCGAUGGAAUGCGCUCGACUCGUGAUGCGCAACUCCAAGAAAUGACGGCUCUAAAGAAUAAACUCCGUGAACAGAAUCAGAGAUUAUUAGCUCUGAGUCAAGAAAAGGCCAGAAUUGAAGCGAAAAAUAAGAUAAACGCAGCACAGGAUGCUGUUGGUCAAGAGGCGAUUAAAAUGGCCUUUGCUAAUAAACAAAUUACGUUGAAACAAAUGAAAGAUAAGAUUGCCGAUUUGCAACAACAGAUCGACAGCAAGAUGUCUGACAUCGAGAAUAACAACAGCCAAUUGGAAGAUGUCAGAAAUCAAAUGAAAAACCUGAUUACUGAGUGUAGAAUACUCUACAAAUCAUUUGACAAUAAAAGACUUAACGUGCUUGAGCUACGCGCUUCCAAAGGAUCAACUGAUUACACCACGUCUACAUGGGGAGAGAGCACGUGGGGUGAUGAUGGCACGACUGAACAGAACUCCUGGCCGAUCGAAAAUACUUCUGUCGUACCGGAGACUCCCACUGUUGCUACUGAUAAUACUGGAGUAGUUAAAUACAGAGCACUAUACGAGUUCGUCGCGCGUAAUCAGGAUGAAAUAUCCUUUCAACCUGGUGACAUCAUCCUGGUACCACCAGUGCAGAACGCGGAACCUGGUUGGAUGGCUGGAGAGAUUCGUGGCAAGACCGGCUGGUUCCCGGAGUCUUACGUAGAACCUCUUGAUACUGGUGUUGUUGACAAUGAUAACUUCAUCCACCAAGAUAGUGUUGAGAAAAGAACCCUGGAAGAAAUCGUUGAAGUACCAGAAAACGUAUCGGAUGCUGGAUCUCUGGGAGGCGAAGGUCCCGUAGUUGAUCCAAUCAUACCAACUUCAGGUCUUGGUGUAUUCUGCAAUAUUCAAGCUAUAGCUUUGUACCAGUAUCGUCCGACUAUCGAACAACACUUAUCCUUUGCUAAGGGAGAUGUCAUUGACGUCACGGAGCAACAGGAGCACUGGUGGUACGGUGAACUUAACGGUGCUAGAGGAUGGUUUCCAAAGUCAUAUGUAAAACCUACGACGGCAACGACAAAUGGCGGUGAACUGUCUUCACCCGCAGUUACCAGUGCGACUGAUCUAAAUGAGUAUUACAUGGCUUUGUAUCAAUACGCAUCGAACGAAAUAGGAGACUUGAGUUUCAACCAGGGUGAAGUUAUACUCGUCGUCAAAAAGGAAGGCGACUGGUGGACAGGUUGCAUAGAUAACAGAACUGGCAUAUUCCCAUCAAACUACGUGGAAAAGUGCGAAGAUCCUAAUCAAGCCGCGAUUGCGCCCACUAACAUUUCUGAUGAGAGUGCGAUUUCCGCACCUGCAGAGAUCAUCAAGGCGGAAUUGGAAACUGAAAUUGCUCAACAGCAGACAGCCCGUGUGGUCACGUCUUCCGCUGGUUCCUUGCAAGGGACACCGCCGCCGACGGAGAAAACUGCGGAGCAGCUUGAAGAUGAAAGGGCUGCUGCAGAGGACAGAGCGGAACUUCCUGAUUUUGCUGCCAUGUCCGCUCAGCAGUAUCCCAAGGGACGUGGCAAGAAACCAGAAAUCGUGCAAGUAAUCGCACCUUACCAAGCAACCAGUGCUGAGCAAUUGAAUUUGCAAAGAGGGCAACUUAUCAUGAUACGCAAGAAGACCGAGUCAGGAUGGUGGGAAGGUGAACUACAGGCUCGUGGUAAGAAGAGACAGAUCGGAUGGUUCCCUGCGUCUUAUGUGAAACCUUUGGGAAGUAGCAGCAAUCGUAGUACGCCUGUGUCUCAUAGAUAUCAAGAUUCGCCAACUGAUCCUAAUGUCGAACGAGUAAUGGCACUGUAUCCAUUCCGUGCACAAAAUGAGGACGAGAUUAGCUUUGACAAGGGUGACGUAAUAUCAGUAAUCUCAAAGGACGACGCAUCUUGGUGGAGAGGCGAACUGAACGGGACGUCAGGAGUUUUUCCUAGUAGCUACGUAUCUCCCAUGUCCACUGAGCCGACGAGCGAUAUCCUCUUGGCGCGACUCGAGCCGACGGAAAGAAAGCGUCAGGAAUACAUCAAGGAACUCAUUGCGACCGAACGGGCUUACAUCGAAGAUAUGAGGCUCGUGCACGAGGUCUUUGAAAAACCUCUGCUGGAAAGUUUGGUACUCACCGUGGACGAGGUGGAGAAGAUCUUUGUCAAUUGGAGGGACAUCAUUGCCUGUAACGACAAUUUCUUAAGGACCUUGAGGAUAAGGCGGGAUAACAGUGAGGGAGGAAUUAUUAGGAUGAUUGGUGACAUCUUAUGCGAGAACAUUCCAAGAAUGUCGGCUUACGUGAGAUUCUGUAGCUGUCAAAUAUCGGCUGCUGUUUAUCUUCAAAGACUUACCGAGACCUCGCCGGAAUUUCUUGAGGUGGCUCAAGCUUGCCAACAGGAUCCACGUACCAAAGGAAUGCCACUUAGCUCUUUUCUUAUAAAACCGAUGCAACGUAUUACAAAGUAUCCGCUGAUCGUUAGCAAAAUUUUAGAAUAUACGCCUCCGGGUCAUCCUGAUAGACAGUAUCUUCAGGAGGCGCUUGCUAAGGCUGAAGAAUUUUGUACCCAGGUUAAUGAGGGCGUUCGUGAAAAGGAAAACAGUGACAGACUCGAGUGGCUACAAAAACACGUUGUGUGCGAUGGUCUCGAGGAACAAUUGGUGUUCAAUUCGCUGACGAAUUCACUGGGUCCACGAAAAUUCCUUCAUCAUGGAAUACUUCACAAGGCGAAAAGUGGCAAAGAACUUGUUGGUUUUCUCACAAAUGACUUUUUACUUUUCGCCCAACCAACGAAAUCACUGCCAGUUGGACAGCAAUUUUCGUUUGAGAGAAAUGAAAAUCAAAAAUUCAAAAUGUACAGAAAGCCAAUAUUCCUGAAUGAGCUGUCAAUCGUCAGGGAAUCCGAAACGGGGAACAACGACACUUCCGAUCAAUCGAGAACGAUAAGACUGCGUGAUUCAAAGAAAAUAAUAGUUCUUUUGGCACCAUCUUCAAGUGAGUGUUCACUCUGGAUCAAGCGAAUAAGUGAAGCGCGUAAAGAGUUCUUGGAGAAUGAAAAAACUCACUUACAGCGACAACGAUCGAAACAGGCUCAAUUCGGCGCCUGCGGACGUAUCCUCGUCACAGUGCUGGAAGGUUCCAGCUUAACAACAUCAUCGGUUCGUUGGAGACCCCCAAAGGGCCGCCUAUGGCUAGUUGUAGUGGAAGCAGAAGAUUUAAUCAUUUCUAAGCAAGGCAAGUGCAACACAUUCUGCAAGGUCUCUAUGGGAUCUCAGGAAGAAAGGACAAAUGCAGUUUCUGGAACAGACUGUCCCUUAUGGGAUGCAUCAAUGCAAUUCCAAGUGAAGGAUCUCAUGGAGGAUACUUUGUGCAUUACUGUCUUUGAUAAGGGAUACUACAGUCCUGAUGAAUUCCUUGGUCGUGCUGAGAUUAGGGUUGCUGACAUAAUGAGAGACAGCAAAGAUUCCUGUGGUCCAAUACAAAAAAGAAUCAGACUGCGUGAAGUAGAGAAAGGAGACGUUGUGCUAAAAUUGGAUCUACGUCUGUUCGAUGCCAGAUGAAAGCAUUCCGACGUAACUAUAAUCACUUGUUAAUUGCUCCAUCCAAAAUACUUUUAUACUCGUUAAAGCUUUAGGGAAUAUUAUUUCGCGCCCAUGAUAUUAAAGCACAAAGCAUUUAAUUCGUUAAACGGAUAUUUUGUUUACAAACAUCAGUAUUAGUAGACGAGUCGCGAUAGAUUGGCAUGUGAGAAUAUUGUAAAAUCUAUACUCGUCACCGUAUUUUUCAAUUCUGUAGGCUUUGGGAUUAAGAAAGAUUUUUUUAUAAUUCAUUUACCUUUAUAACAUAAUACGCACAAAUUUAUUCUCUAAGUCACUCUUAUCAAGUAUGAUAUUAAUAUUAGCCGAACUGAAUAUCAAUACGUUAUUACAAAGUAUAUUAGUCUAGGGCAGUAAAUAAGGUAACAUGAUGAACAAUUAUAUUUAUUUAAAGAAACAAAUGGAUUAUCUCACAAUAGACAGUUUUUUAUAUUCCGCACAUAUACAGCUUCUAUCUACUCUGUCCUAUCGCUAUGUUACGUUAUAUUGUUAAGUGAGACAUAUCGUACACGUUUGACGUUAAAUAAAUACGUAAAUACCAA